UUUGUGGGCCCAUCAUCGGUCUUUAAAGCUGUAACUAAUCGCUUCUCUUCUAUGACGCUGCUGCGAAAAUGGUGGUUAUGUCCUGCGCACACUCUGCUUGUCCUGCGCACACUCUCGCUCUCAGAGCUCGUAGAGGCAUUAAUCCACUGCGGUCGAUAUCUCCGGUCUCCGUUUCCGUGACCCAUCAUCACCAUGACCAUCCCUUUGUACCAGAGGUUGAAAAGGCAGUGGACUCCUUGUACUCGGAGUUUCGGGCUGUGGAUAAUCUGGUUGCAAGAAACACUGCCCGUGUUCUUAGAGCUUUCCAGAAUGCACGGGUUGGAUCACAUCAUUUUGGUGGUUCCACAGGCUAUGGACAUGAAGAUGCUGGAGGACGUGAAGCGCUUGACCAAGCUUUUGCAGAAAUUUUCGGUGCUGAAUCUGCAAUAGUCCGUUCGCAGUUUUUCUCAGGUACCCAUGCCAUCACUUGUGCUUUGUUUGCAUUUCUUAGGCCGGGGCAUGAGCUUUUGGCAGUUGCUGGUGCUCCAUAUGAUACCUUAGAGGAAGUUAUUGGAAUUAGGGACUCUUAUGGAUUGGGUUCCUUGACAGAUUUUGGAGUGAAGUACCGCGAAGUGCCUCUUGCAGAGGAUGGCGGGCUUGAUUGGAAUGCACUUGAGGGUGCGGUGACAGCUCAAACAAGAUGUGCACUCAUACAGAGGUCAUGCGGUUAUUCAUGGCGUCGUAGCUUAAGUGUAGAUGAGAUAGCGAGGGCAAUCAAGAUGAUCAAGAUGCAGAACCCAAACUGCGUGGUCAUGGUUGAUAACUGCUAUGGCGAAUUUGUGGAGACCAUUGAACCUCCUAUGGUGGGUGCAGAUCUAAUUGCUGGUAGCUUAAUAAAAAAUCCUGGUGGAACCAUUGCACCAUGUGGUGGAUAUGUUGCAGGGAAGGAAAAAUGGGUCAAAGCAGCUGCUGCUCGUCUAUCUGCUCCAGGGCUUGGGAUUGACUGUGGCUCGACCCCUGGUGACGUAAUGCGUGCAUAUUUUCAGGGUUUGUUCCUUUCACCUCAAAUGGUUGGGGAAGCAAUGAAGGGAGGCUUUCUGAUUGCUGAAGUCAUGGCUAGUAGAGGGUAUAAAGUACAACCACUUCCUCGGGUACCCCGUCAUGAUACAGUGCAGGCGGUAGAGCUGGGAAGCCGUGAGUGUCUCCUUGCUUUCUGUGAAGCUGUACAGAGAAGCUCCCCAGUUGGUUCUUUUACCAAGCCCAUUGCUGGUUCGACUCCUGGCUACGCAUCCGAGGUGAUCUUCGCUGAUGGAACCUUCAUUGAUGGUAGUACGAGUGAACUCUCAUGCGACGGACCACUACGGGAGCCAUAUGCUGUGUAUUGUCAGGGUGGCACCCAUUGGACCCAGUGGGCGCUAGUUCUCGGAGAUGUACUGAAAUCUAUAUAACCGACCAAUCGACAUGAUUUUGGGCAACGAUUUUAUUACUGGACUGCGCUCACCAGACUUCCAGUUGAGCCAUUCACUUACGGCAAGAAUUGCAGUAGUCCUCAAUGAGAUUGCUUAUGUGCAUGUUAAGGGAAGAAGGGGGCAUCAAGCCCAACUCCAGUUCUACACGGUGAAUGGGCUCGCAAUUCAUAGCAAUGCAACCAUAUGAAUUGCCAAUGUAAACUGUGGGAUUGAUCCCAUGAAUUAGUUGGUUCAUUGGGUCGGAUACCGAGGUAUUCAAAAACACUUUACUGUUUGCAAUACCAUGUUUGUGGCUCCAUUUCUCAGUAAUGCAGAAGCUCUCUGAAGCUGCAAGGUUUUCCAAUUUUGAUUUCGAUCUUUGGUGUUAUGGUUUUGGCACCCAGCAGGUAAUUUUUUUUUGGUUGUUGUUUUAAUGUUAGUACGCAUUGAAUGAUUCAAAUUUGGAAGGAGGGGAGAUGGAAAGAGUUAUAAAUUGGAUUGAUGACAAGGGAGAAGUGUUCGUUCU